ACCGCCAUGACCUGGCUAUGAUGCCGUCCGGUGUUCUGAUUCGCUGGUUUGAGACAGUGGGCGUUACCCUGGCCGUGAUGUCUCUUGUGGCCAUGGUCUUUGUGUGGGUGGCUCGCUUCAAGAGGCCCAUGAUCAAGACCUUCUCGCACGUUUGUUACUUCACUCCAGUCAUGAUCGCUGGUUUCUUCUGCGUCAUCGGGACUCUGAUUCUCGCCAGCAAGGACAAAGCUGACGGCGCCGACUGGGCUCCUUUCUUCUCCGGUAUCGGUGGCGCCCUCCUGUUCGUGGCGGGCUGCAUGUCGUGCAUCAUCUUCCGCUACGACCCGUCCUACGGCACGCUGGAGAACCCUGUGUCGCCCAAGUACAUCAGCAGUUAGAUGUAGGACACUUUGGGAACGCUUGUUGAGUGAGGGGGGGGGUCAGGUGGUGAAUUGGUCGCUUUUUUGAAGGACAAGCGGGGCUAACCCGAUAACAUGCGGAUAACUGUAGAGCGACAGAUGUACGCCAUUGGCAGAUAUUUCUAGCAACAGCUAUCUUGUUUGACGUGGGAACUCUUUGCUACUACUUUCCAAAGAGAAAAUUUACUCGUUAAUCCGAUCCAUACGCUUAACAUAGCAGUCUGUCAAAAUGAUUUUUUAAAAGAAAUACUGAAAGUUUUAAAGAGAUCUUCGUACUACUAGAAGUAUUCUAAAAUGUGAAGAAUACAACCCCGGGGGUACAAAAUGAUCCCAGGGCGUACGGAUAGGGUUAACACUUCUGGCCCCUUCUUCAUCUGCGAGGCUGGUGGAGAGACUGAGGAUUUGUUGUACAAAAAUCCCCGUUGUACAGAAAGACGACAUGCUGUACUCUGAAUCUCUGUAGAUCUGUCCCCGUGGUUUUAGUUUCGUAAGAGUUUCACGGCACUUGCAACACAAUAAGGUCAAAUAAAUGCCGAAGAUUAGAUGUGUUACAAGAGAG